GUAACAUUGAAGUUCUAAUCUUACAGUAGUCCUAAGACGCGCUAUGAUUGAAACCCCCGCAACUGUAACCUCUGCCACUCAAAGAUUAGUUCCUAGGAGGCAGACAAUCGAAGAUGCAUAUUCGCCACCAGCAAAUUUUCUGGAGAUUGAUGUGUGCCGUCCACUUACCCAUGGAGAUGGAAAGCACCGCUUCACAGACUACGAAGUUAAUCUAAGGACAAACCUACCAAUAUUUGCCCACAAGGAAUCAUCUGUCCGUCGUCGCUACAGCGAUUUUCAGUGGUUACGUGAUGAGUUAGAUCGAGAGAGCAAGAUUGUUGUUCCUCGUUUACCAAGCAAAGCAUGGAAACGUCAGUUGCCUUUUCGAGCGGAUGAAGGUAUAUUCGACGAGGAUUUCAUUGAAGAACGACGAAAAGGAUUGGAGGAGUUUAUCAACAAGUAUUUUUUUUCAUUUUGAAAUAUCUCUUUGGAAAUUUUUUUAAUUUGAGAUUAGCAUUGUUUGUGGGCAUACUUUUGGUUGACUUUUAUUAAUAACCACAACUUGUUAUUGAUUCAGAUAGCACAGUUAACGUCACCUCCAUUUUCUGUUCAGGUGUUCAGUUCACUUAAUUGUAAAAUCUUUGCCAUCUUUUCCAGCUAUGAUUCAGUGACCGAAGCACUGAAUUACCACCAGUAUGGUUUCUUGUUUAUAGUUCCUUCAGUCCGCUUAAGUUUGAACUGCCAAGCUGCAUUGCUAGUCCAUAUAAAGUAGGUGUAAGCCAUACUCAGCUAUAUUUCUCCCUUUUUAUUCAUUAUUGUCCAUUACUAACAAAUGAAGAUUCCAUAAUUUCUCCAGCUUUUUACUCUGAAACCGUUGCCAAGAUUUCAAGCCAGCGAAAUACCAUUUUUGAUUUUUUUUCAAAAUAAUUUGACUUCUGCACGUUGAACCUUUCAGUCUCUAUAUAAUAUCAAAAAGGACUGUACGAUCUACUAGGUAAAACUUUAGUGAUUUGAAGUAUGGAUAUUUAUCACGUUUUUAAGACAAUCGUACAAUAUUCAAGUGUGGUUGUUCACUUUACUUAAACUAAUAUAUAUGAAGAAUCAGUGUAGCGUAUACUUCAAAUGACAAUACAUUCAGUUACUAGUCGCUAGAGAAUUGCUGAUGAUUCGGAUACCAUUAAUCCAUUGAGAAUAAUGUUCACUUAACUGGAUCCCAGUUGAAAGUCAUAUGUUGGCAGUUCAGUUAGACUUUUCUGUAUGAUAUCAAAGAAACAGUGAUAUGCCAUUCAUGUAUAUUCUACGCUUACUCAUUUAUUAUGAUAUAUAGAUUAUGUGACGCAUAAAUUUCGUCAAAAGAUGCUAAUGCUGGAAACACUCGAAUACACUGUCACUAUCUGAUAACAUCAACUUGCGAAUAGAAGGGCUAAGUCAAAGAAAAAAAGUCCUGGGAAGUAUCUUUAAAAUCUCAUUAACAAGGUGUUCAUUGUGUGGUUAUCUACCUCAGUUCUGUAUUGACAAUUAUUCAUCUGUAAACAGAGUUAUUUUCAUAUGUAGUUAAAGAUAUACUUUGACUCCUAAAGAAGGACAGGCGAAUAAGCUUGCUAGUGACCAUCGCUUGUGAGAAGAAAUGGAAGAUUGAUUUAAAAGUAGAACUGUGAUUUAAUGUCACUCUAUGUUAGUUUUUUUUGUUUGAUAUAACACUGUGAUACAGUGUUAUCUACUAGAUUACGUUUUAAAUACAAUUUGUUCAUCACACCAAGGUAUUCACAUCACUUCCAAUAUUCAUUUUUCAGCGUUGUUUCUUUCGUCGUUUUGAGUAAAAACAAAACAAGGAUCCCUAAAACUAUAAAAGAAAGUUCAAAAGCUUAGUGGUAGUCUUAGUAUAAUCUCCACAUUAAUGAAUGAGUCUCCAAGGUGUAGGCUAUUAUAUUUAUCUAAAAAUCCUGAUAAACAGCUAUCUUUCCGCCCCGCCCCCCCCCCCCUCCUACAUACUUACUUCCAUAUGUACUUUUGAAUUGAUAAGUAUACUUCGAGUUAUCGAUAGUCAGAAAAUAAUCUGAUAUAGAGUAUACAAUUAAACUCGUCGUUUAAUACAAUCAGACAACCUUCGAAAUUGAAUAAUGCACUCCUAAUUCGUCUGUUAAUUCUCUUUGGAGCUUGACUACUUUAAAAUCAUUGGUUUAUUUUCCAUAAUGUCGUACUAUGGUCUUAUUUUUUCAGUAUUUUUUGCAUGAAAUUCACCGAAUACCAGUUGUUACUGAGACAGUGUUCAAUCUGCUUAAUUUCUACUUGCCAUCUCUUUAGAGUAAAAUUUUUCUGCUCUUUAUCAUAGCAUUCUUGCCAAACUUUCAUUGUAACUUAUCAGAUGAAGCUGUUAAAGUUUAAGUAUUGACAGCUUGAAGCAGUUUGAUGGUUCAUACUUGUCUCUAUUUCGCCAUCCUUUUAAAGUUUUAUGUGUAAAGCGAAAAAGCUUAGCCCAACGUUCCUCAUCGUAUACAUUUGUAAUUUCAAUACUAAAGUCGGCAUUAUUGAACCUCUAGAACAGCUUUGUUGUUAGUUGAAUAUUUUCGCACAACACACUUCAAUAAAAUGCGUCGAUGAUGAAGUUGAGCAUUGUGCUUUGUAGAUGUAGCAAAGAUACUGGUAUUAAUGAUCUUAGUAGACUUUCGAUCACUAUUCUAACUAUCUAUUUAGAACACUGUUAAAUUAAAAGUCGACUGUCUUUGAUUCAUCUAAGCAAGAGACAUCUAAACUAACUUUGACAGCGGAACUUCUUCCAUGUGUUCGCAGACUAUGUUGAUUAUUUUAUGAAUAGGGAUUUCUACUAAUAAAGUUGUGAAGGUGUACAGUACAAUCAACUUAUCCAGUGUUUUUAACUUUUUUUUUCAACCAAAAAAAAAAAUCAAAAGUCCGUAUUAACAACUUUCAGCAAAUCAUUUCUAACUUUUGCUACCAUCAGUAAGAAAGUUUGCGCUUCGGUGAGUUGACCAUAGAGUUAGUCACAUCGGCACAUCAGCCUUACGUAUCUUUGACCAUCCAUACUUUGAUAGCGAGACAGGAUCUUAUAAAUUUAAGUCUAUUGUAGGUUUUGCUGCCAGUCAGCUGUCUUUACUGGAGUUCUCUGAGCUCUUUAGUGAUUCUUAUCUCAAUAACUUCUGUUAUCUCUUGAUAUCAUCGUUUUUAAAUCGAGAGAUAUCAUAGAAUCUCUUCAUCCUGUAGAUAGAACCAUCCUUUAUUUAGUAUCAGGACUGGAGUUUUUAUCAUCUCGAAAAGCUACAAUUUGUCAUUUUACACGUAGUACUAGUUGCUGAUAUUGACAAGUUUGAACUUAUAUUCGUCAGUGGAUUGUAGAUAGUACAGUUCUUGAAAGCAGUUCUCGAACGGGGUUUCCGUAUCCAUUCUGCCGAAGACCCUUGUGUAAAUGUAAAAUUGAAAACUUAGGAAAACAGCCUUUUGCUACAUCUGGUUCAACUGAACACCUGAUAGAUGUUUAUAUAUAUAAUAUCUAGUUUUUCAAGAAUUUUAAUAUAAAGCUUGUUUGUGA